UCAAUACGUGAACAAGUGUUAACCGGUGCACAUAUAUCUGGAGGAGCACAAUGCUAUGCACUAUCGUUGGUAUUGUGGCAGGCCUGGUAAGGGCUGUUUAUAUGUUCCUGGCUUGGGAGUUUAAUCGCUGGAAGAAAGUCGGUAUCAACGGGCCGAAACCAAAGUUACUGUUUGGAAAUGUUCCCAGCGUACUGACACAGAAGAGACACCCUUUCUAUGACUAUCAGGAAAUCUAUAAUGACUACAAGGAUGAACCCGUUGUGGGCUACUUCAGCAUACGAACGCCGCAACUCAUGAUCCGUGAUCCGGAGCUGAUCAAAGAAGUUCUCUCGAAGAGCUUUCUAUAUUUUGCCGCCAAUGAUAUGGCUGGUUUGGUGGAUGAAAAAUCCGACCCGCUGAUGUCGCGUAAUCCCUUCGGCAUGACGGGAGAAAAAUGGAAAACCACUCGAGCGGAGAUCACGCCGGCUUUUACCGCCAAUAGAAUCAGAGCUCUGUUCGUCUUGAUGGAACAAGUAUGUGGUCGAAUGACUGAACAUAUCAACCAGAAUAUUGCCCAAAAUGAAUGUACAUUCGAUGCAAAAGAGUUAAUGACAAAGUACACCACGGAUGUGGUGUCCAAUUGCAUUUUCGCAAUCGAUGCACAAUCGUUCACCAAGGAGAAACCGGAAAUACGAGAAAUGGGACGUCGCAUCAUGGAUUUCAAUGUCACGGCCCAAAUCAUUUUUGGACUUAUCACAUUCAUACCUUCAAUCAGAAAGUUUUACAAGUUCACCUUCAUUCCGCGGGACGUUGAGGAGUUUUUCAUCCGCGUUAUGAGGGAGGCAAUUCAACAUCGCAAGAAGCAUAAGAUCGUUCGUAAUGAUUAUCUCGAUCAUCUGCUAGCAUUGGAGGAGAAGAAGCAAAUCUCCGAGAUAGACAUUGCCGGGCACGGUGUGUCAUUUUUCGCCGAUGGAUUUGAAACAUCCAGCUGGAUGAUGACCUUCUGUCUGUACGACCUAGCCUCGCAUCCAGCGAUUCAACGUCAACUGAGAGAAGAAAUUCGUACCGUACAAGCUAACAAGAAAAGCCUCGAUUAUGACAACAUCAGUGAGAUGACGUUCUUAGAACAAGUUUGUAACGAAACUCUCCGGUUGCACUUGGUCGUGCCUUUGCUUGUUAAACGAUGCACUGAAGAUGUGGAAUUAGUAGGACCAAAAGACAAGAAAAUUCGCAUUACAGCCGGUACGACCGUCACGAUUCCUUAUUUUGUCCAUUUUGAUCCACUGUAUUACGACGAACCGGAAAAAUACAAACCCGAACGAUUUGCACCGGAAACUGGUGGCACGAAGUCAUACAGGGAAAAAGGAGUAUAUUUCCCGUUUGGUGAUGGCCCCAGGAUGUGUCUCGGGAUGCGUUUUGCUUUGGCACAGGCCAAGAGAGGAAUCGUUGAGAUAAUCAAUCGGUAUGAAAUCACAGUCAACCCUAGAACGAAGGAACCGCUCGAAUAUGACCCAAAACUUUUGAUGCUCAAUGUAGUGGGAGGUAUUUGGUUGGAUUUUAAGCCACUUGCUGCUGGCUUGAGAAACUUGAGAUUAGAGUAG